UUGUUAACUAAUAAGUAAGAUGAAUGAAGCGAAUUUUCUGACAGUUAAUGAUUUAUUCAAGGAAAAUAUUUCCACAAUUACGGCGGCGGAUAUUCCGCCCUGUGGGAGAUACUUCGACAAAGAAUCAAGGGUAAAGUUUUUCAGCUUGGAGAAAAUUAUUAAUUCUAUAGGGCAAAUGUCGACUAAAGCUCAAGGUUUAAAAAGAAUUAUUACUACGUUUGAAAAACUUCGUUUAUCCCCGAAUCACAAACUUUACAUUCUCAAAGAUGAAAAGGGUAAUGAUGGAGCUGGGGAAGUUAUCGGAAUUCUUAAAAUAGGUGAAAAAAAAUUAUUCUUAUAUGACAGGCAAGGAAAAUUAAUGAUAUCUACACCUAUGUGUGUACUAGACUUCUUUGUACUUGACAAUAGACAAAGAAGAGGUUUUGGAAAAAAGCUGUUUGAGUAUAUGCUUCAGGAUCAAAAAUUAAAGCCAUAUGAACUAGCAAUAGAUGGACCAUCUCCGAAAAUGUUGGAAUUCCUUAAGAAGCAUUAUAACUUUAUCAAAGUUUUAAAACAGUCCAACAAUUUCGCAGUAUGCGAAAAAUUUUUCGAAUCUGCAAAUAUAGGUUCAACCAGGCCGCAAGAAGAAAUUGUGCCAUCCCCCUGUUCCACUCUGCGACGGUGGGAAAAUGGAGCCAGCGCAGUGAUACACGGGGGCGGCGCGAAUAGUACUGCGUCGCACAAAAGGUAA